UGAAUUUUUUAACGAGAAAACCAAAAAACUUUUCGACAUAAGCUUCCGGAUUCCUGGUGUUUCGAAUUUAUGAAGUGUAACAAGGAAUGAUAUUGUGAUAAGUAAACAUUUAGGUUGGUAAGGACAUCUGUAUUGAAGGCUUGUAUAAGGAUAUUACAAAGGAAUUGGUUAAUGGUGUUGAAGCAGCAUAUUCCUUAUGGCUACAAUGAAAGGUAUCGUCCAGUUUGAUUAUGAAGCAGAAGCACCAGAUGAAUUAACUCUAAGAGUUGGUGAUGUAAUCAUAAAUAUAAAGAAUGUAGAGGAGGGAUGGUGCCAGGGGACUUUGGCAGGAAAAGUUGGCAUGUUUCCUGAUAAUUUUGUAAAGAUUAUUGAAGAACCGGUAGUGAAAUCUCCAGUACCAACAAAGAAAACAAAAGAAGUUCUAAGAAGAGUGAAAGUAACUUUUGAUUACGAGCCAAUAAAUGAGGAUGAAUUACAUCUUGUGACAGGAGAAAUUGUAGAUGUUUAUCAUGAUGAAGAAGAGGGUUGGGCUCGGGGUGGGGUGAAUGGAAAAGAAGGUGUUUUCCCCACUAAUUUCACCACUGUGGUAACUGAAACACAAUCUAAUGAGACACCACCACCUAAGCCUGAGGAAAGCCAUGGAUCAAAAAAGGUUAAGGGCGUUGGGUUUGGAAAUAUAUUCGGAGAUGGACCAAUAAAGCUGAGGUCGUCCAUUGUAGAUGGAGAAGGGGGAGGAACUGGGAAGAUUACUGCAUCCGCACGCCAGCAAAAGGUGGAAAAGUCUCAGCCCAAAGUAGAAGUUCCUAAAGUUGAUAAAUCUUCUGUUAAGAAUGAAAAACCUGCUGCAAAAGUGGAAAAAAGUGUUAAAAAUGCAGAUAAAGUGCCGUUAGUACCACCACAGGCUAAGAAACCUGCUGUUGAAAAGUGCCGAGCAAUGUUUGAUUACUCAGCAGAAAAUGACGACGAAUUAACGUUAGUAAAAGGUGACAUCGUGAUUAUUCUUGAUAAAGUAAGCCAAGAUGUUGGUUGGUGGGAAGGGGAAAUUGUUGACGAAAAUGGAAAAAGGAGAAAAGGAGUUUUUCCUGAUAAUUUUGUCACCCCACUUCCCACAGUAGAUGAAGAUACAAGUUCUGAGGAGACUUCAUCAAAAGAUAGUCUUGACAUAAAAACUGAAACUAAAGCUACAAAACAGAAGACCGUUGUUGAAGAAGAAAAAGUUGUGUCUUCGAAGACCAAGACUCCGCCAUUGACAUCGAAAUCCACCAAUUCAUUGAAGCGGCCGGCACCACAGGUUCCACCUAUAGCAAGUCAAUCUAACAAGCCAGAGACCAGCUAUGAUGAAACAGAUUCUAUUCUGCCCAAUGCACACGAGGAACCGAAACUAACCCACUACAAGCGGCCAGGUGGGCCAAAGAACCGGCGUAAACCGGAUACAACCGGCAGAAGAGAGAGGGCUAAAGAGAGCGCAGAAGAAAUGCUUCCUGUCCCCGACACUCCAACAGAAACGGAACCCGUGGAUCUAGAACCAACGGAACCCACCCCGCCCCCUAAAAAAGACACAAAACGGGGCAUCCAAGUCAUGCCCGUAUUGGGUGCGGAAGGUGGGACAGGAGACACCCCUUCGUGGCUCAAAAACCUAAAACAUCGAAGCUCACAGAAGAAACCAACGUCUGGUAUGGCUGUUUCCCCUAACAAGGAAGAAGAGCCGGCCCAGGAGACUCCUAACUGGAGAAACAACUUGAAAAAAACAACCAAGCAGCCCCUCCAGCCCCCCAAACCCACCCCACAAGCCACAUCACCCAAACCUGUUACAUCCCCCAUGGUGCCAAAACAAAGUGCAAUUGUAACUUCACCCCACACAAACCAUGCUCCUCUGAGUCCUAAAGAAGAAGAGAAGUCACCUCAUUGGAAGUCAGUCCGGAGCAAACCGGACCCGGACACACAUCAGAACGAAACAGAGGUGGAUAAACCUAGCAAAGUAAUUGAUGCUAAGAAGCCAAUAAAGCCAAUGAUACCAUUCCAGCCAAAGAUGCCGGAUCCUUCGGCUAAAAAGGCUCCUCCUAGUGCGGCGAAACCAAAGCCUCCCCCUCCGAAAUCGAAACCGAUGAUCCCACCAUCAAAACCUGUAACAUCCAAUGCUUCAAUGGAAGAGAUGAAGGAAGAUAUCAAACUUCUGAAAGAUUCCUUCAAUACCAUGCAAAGUGAACACAGGAGAGAAGUCACAAGGUUGAAGGAAGCGCUGGAAGAAGAGAAAAAACUUCGAAUUAAACUUCAGGAUGAUCUUGCAGCACUUCAGAUGCGACUUGGUUGACCUUUUAACCCCUGCACCUUAGCGAUUAAUGUAAUUUUAGCUUUCUAUGGAUCAUAUCUCUGCAUUGUGGGCAACACUGACUUGUGUAAUUCCUUCAUUGUGCUUGGCAACACUAAACGAAGGAAAAUCUCUCGCUUUUGACAAGAUUUUGCAUUGUGAUCUAAAUCCUACAACAAGUGCCCCAUUAACACUGGACAUCAAACAUGCCUUGACAUUGUGCUCUUACCGGUUAACUGAAUCCAGAAAGACCUCACUUGAAAUACUGAUUGCUAAAAAUCUGUCACGAUCUGUCAAGUGUGCCUCAAAUGGAAUGUAACAAUUUUAAAAGAUAACUGAAAUGUUCUUAAGCUUUUUCAUAACUCUAACCCCGUUUCUGUUUAUAUGUGUGUACCCGAACCCCCUGUUCAUGGCCCCCUACAAGUGAAUACCUUUUGAAACCCAAUGUCAUAUUGACUAUGCAUUAACAACACGCAUUCCGUAUGAGCCAACGCUCAGUAUUAACAUCAGCACUUAAAUACGGGGGGGUUGUUAAUGUUUUUCGUUCGUUUCUUAUUCAUGUUGGUGUCUCGUCAGCCGUUUGUAGCAAAAAGUCCCCACGCGCGGUAAUAGUGACCCACACAUUUGCACUUGAUUUUAAGUCUUACGUCACGGCUCAUGACGUGACGUCACGUUGCGAGUAAGUAAGUGACGUAGCGAAAGCUACAACAGUUCUCGGAUAAUUCCCGCUUUCUAACACUCCGCUGCUUUCUCAUGUAGCUUUCCAUAUAUCUCCGCAUAUUUUAUGUCGUUUUAUUUUUUCGCCGGUUUUAAGCUUUUUUUCAGGAACAGUGCCGACUUCACCACGAGUCGCAAACUGCAAUGCUUGUACAUAGAAGACAAUCAAAUGUUGUUUCGCAGCCACUCCGCUUUUUGUUGUUUCUAGGCAAAAAACGACAUAUUUUGCCGUAGAACACCAAGCGAGUAUCAGCGAUUUGAGACUGGUGUACAUUUUUCGAUUCCCUUGUUUUGAUAAUGAUCGGUAAUACGUUAUUACAUUCUGCUUUCAAAA